AUGCAUCUGUCACUGUGGAAGCCUAUUUCCCACUGCGCUGCUCUCAUAUUGGACAAGAAGAGCAAGAGGAAAAAUGGGUCGGAAUCCGAUCUCGAGAUUUCCAGAAAUCCAUCAAUUCUCCGGAAACUUCAAGAGCACAGGUUGAGGGAAGCGCUCGAGGAAGCUUCUGAAGAUGGGUCACUCGUCAAAUCCAAGGACAUGGAUGAUUCCGAGGCGGCCGCUGCUGCAAGCAACCAAGACGAAGGAACAAUCGGCCGAUCGAGAUCGCUGGCGAGGCUUCACGCCCAGCGGGAGUUUCUUCGUGCCACGUCCCUUGCUGCAGAUCGAGUGUUCGAGACCCCAGAUUCCAUUCCUGAGCUUCAUGAGUCGUUCUCCAAGUUCCUCACUAUGUACCCAAAGUACGAGUCUUCUGAGAAAGUUGAUCAGUUGAGGUCAGAUGAGUACACCCAUUUGUCUCCCAAGGUAUGCCUUGAUUACUGUGGGUUUGGGCUGUUUUCAUACCUUCAGACUCUGCAUUACUGGGAAUCUUCCACUUUUAGCUUGUCCGAGAUAACUGCGAAUUUGAGCAAUCAUGCGCUUUAUGGUGGUGCUGAGAAGAACACUGUGGAAUAUGAUAUCAAGGCUAGGAUAAUGGAUUACUUGAACAUCCCUGAGAAUGAAUAUGGCCUUGUUUUUACGGUGAGUAGAGGUUCUGCUUUCAAAUUGCUUGCAGAAUCCUACCCUUUUCACACAAAUAAGAAGUUGUUGACCAUGUUUGAUUACGAGAGUCAGUCUGUGAAUUGGAUGGCUCAGAGUGCCAAGGAGAAAGGUGCAGAUGUUUACAGUGCUUGGUUCAAAUGGCCAACCCUUAAGCUUUGCUCAACAGAUUUGAGGAAGCAGAUUUCGAACAAGAAAAGACGGAAGAAGGAUUCUGCCACUGGUUUAUUCGUCUUCCCUGUGCAGUCGAGGGUUACAGGAGCCAAGUAUUCUUAUCAGUGGAUGGCACUUGCUCAGCAGAACAACUGGCAUGUGUUGCUUGAUGCUGGAUCAUUAGGCCCCAAAGAUAUGGAUUCACUUGGUUUAUCGUUGUUUCGACCUGAUUUCAUCAUCACUUCGUUUUACCGUGUGUUUGGGUUUGACCCAACUGGGUUUGGAUGUCUUCUUAUUAAGAAAUCUGUCAUGAGUUGUCUUCAGCGUCAGUCUGGCAGUACAGGGUCUGGGAUAGUGAAGAUAACUCCGGAGUAUCCUCUCUAUUUGAGUGAUUCUGUAGAUGGUCUAGAUGGGACGACUGGUGUUGAAGAUGACGAGGUUAUGGGAAGUGAUGAAAAUGGUACUACGGAACCGCGUCAAGGGACGCAGCUGCCUGCAUUCUCCGGGGCAUUUACACCUGCUCAAGUGAGCGAUGUUUUUGAGACCGAGAUGAGUCAUGACAACAACUCGGAUAGAGAUGGGACGAGCACUAUAUUUGAAGAAACAGAAAGCAUCUCUGUUGGCGAAGUGAUGAAAAGCCCUGUUUUCAGCGAAGAUGGAUCGUCAGACAAUUCGUUCUGGAUCGAUUUGGGCCAGAGCCCGUUGGGUUCCGACUCUGCAGCAAAACACAAGUCAACUGGCUCUCCGCUGCCACCUUUUUGGUUCUCCAGCAAGAAGAAUCACAACAAGAGAAACUCACCAAAACUGACUUCAGAGAUCUACAGCAGUCCACUGUAUGAUGACAAGGUGUUGUCAUUUGAUGCUGCGGUUUUAUCAGUUUCUCAGGAGCUCGACCGUGUUAAGGAGGUUCCUGAAGAAGAGCAGUAUGGCCAUACAAACCUGAGAGAGGGUCUUAAUCAUAUGCAUGUUUCCGAGAUUGAAGAAGAAGAACCAGCAAACGGGUUUCAUAAUGGCACUGACAAAAUAGAGAGUGCUAUAAGAAGAGAAACAGAAGGUGAAUUUCGGUUACUGGGAAGAAGGGAAGGGAUCCGAUAUUCUGGUGGUAGAUUUCUUGGAGUGGAUGAGAGUGAACAUCCGAGCAGGCGAAGAAGGGUGUCAUUUAGCGCGGAGGAGAGUCGUAAAGAACUCGUGACUGAGCCAGGGGAAGUAUCUAUAGCUACACUAGAAGAUGAUAAUGACGUGUACACAAGCGAUGGUGAGUUUGGUGAGGGGAUGCAGGAUUGGGAUAGGCGAGAGCCUGAGAUAAGUUGCCGGCAUUUGGAUCAUGUGAACAUGUUGGGCCUCAAUAAGACGACUCUAAGGCUUCGAUUUUUGAUCAACUGGCUUGUGACUUCAUUGCUGCAACUGAGAUUACCCACUGCCGAAGAAGGGGAAGGAGGAGGAGGAAUGCAUCUUGUCCACAUUUAUGGACCGAAGAUCAAGUACGAGAGAGGUGCUGCAGUUGCUUUCAACAUCAGGGAUAGAAACCGGGGGCUUGUGCAUCCUGAAGUUGUUCAGAGGCUAGCUGAAAGAGAAGGGAUAUCUCUUGGCAUUGGGUUUCUCAGUCACAUACGAAUCGUGGAUGGCCCUAGACAGCAUAAGGGUGGCUUGAACCUUGAAGACGCUACUUCCCUUUGCAGGGCGGUGGAGACUGGUGGUCGCGGAAAAUCAGGCUUAACAACUUGGUGCUUGUUCUUUCAGUACAUUCAUACUGAGUUUGUGAAGAAAUACAGAUCCAGGCUAGGCAGCAAUGUAACACUGAAGGUCGCUAAUGGUGAUAGAUGGGAAGUAGAGCUGGCUAUUGAUGAUGAUGGGCUUAUUUGGCUGAUUAAGGGCUGGGAGGAUUUCGCAAAGCACCAUUCUUUGAAGCCCCGUGAUGUUCUAGUUUUGCGGCUAGAGCAGGACAGCUUCUUCCAUGUCAUGGUGUUGGAACGCACUACAGGCGAGGAGAAGUAUCGUUGCAAGGAUGUGAAUGGCAUUCGGAGACUGUUGAGUGAUUUUAGAGUUGAGCUGGAAGUUGAAGAAGAAGAGGAGGAGGAGGAAGAAGAAGAAGAGGAGGAAGAAGAUGCCUUCUCCACCAACGUUGAGACACCAAACAAUCCAUCGAAGACUGGAAUGAGAGAGUUGGAUGUGCUUAAUGUUUCAAGACCCUCUAGAAUGGAGUUUGUUGUGUUUGUUCGUUCUAUGCAGCUUUUGUUAGCAGGGGCAUCAGGCAUGGAUGACAUGAAAUCAAGCUCCAUACAAGAAACUCCGGCGCUUUACCGGAUCGAGCAAUGAAGCAAUCCUGAUCGAUAUCGACCCGUUAGUUCGAAAAGAACCGAACAGAGUGUUACAUCAGCUACCACAACUAUACUUCUACCACUGUUACAUCACCUAAUACCUACAUUAAUUCAUCCAUUACAGAUCACAAAAAAACACCCAAAAAACCAAACAAAGAGAGACAGAAUCAUCACUUCACCAUUACAUCUUCCCUCGACGAGCUCGUGCUCCCGUUCUCCUCCUUCCCCUCGCAAUCAUCGCCAUCCGAUUCGCCGUCUUCUUCCUCCUCCGCCCGAUCUUCGUCGGACGACGAGAGCGGUAUCAGCCAGCACAUCCCGUGCAGGUGCCCGUUGAUGCAGACGAAGUACUCCAGCCCGCCGUCCCUCGACCCCAGCCUCCUCGCCGCGCUCCUCGGCACCAGCCUCGCCGCCGUCAUGCUCCACACGCGGGCCCCGCAGUACGGACACCUCACCUUCUCCUCCAGCCUCACCCCUCGCUUCACCAAAAACGCCCGCGUUUUGGACCUCAUGAAUCCCCGGAAAAUUCCCCUGUAAACCCCCAAAUCCUCCCCUGCCUCCGCCGCCGGGUGCUCGCACGGGUCGCUCACGUACAGCAAAUCCCCCCUGCACUUCUUCGCCAGGAAGCUCCUCCCCGACGUCUUCGAGAAUCGCGACGCCUUCGCCACGUGUCCCGGCGAAUUCGACGGCGAAGGAAACCCAGUCCCGUCGCCUCCGCCGCCGCCGCGAUAGCCGCAGCAGAAGAGCAUCAGCUUCGCGAGGGCCUUCCACCCGCCGUCGAUUCGACCGCCGGGGGCGGCGGUGGAGGGAAUAGACCCGCUCGUCAAUGUGGCCAGCAUCCGGGGAGCGCGGUAGAGGCAGAGCUCCCGCCAGAGGAGCCUCGCGGCCACCGCCGCGAGCUUCCGGUUCACCGCCGCGACGGCGGUGAGCGUGUGGAGGUCCCAUUUCAGCGACUCGAACACCAGGACGAGGACGCGCUCGUUCAAAAUCCCCGAGUCGCCGCCGAACGAGUCGGAUCCGGGUCGGCUGGUUCUCCUGACCCGCUUGGUGUUGUUGUCCAUGUUGCUUCGUCCCGGAGAGAAAACGAUGGAGGUAGUUUUUAUACGCGGCUCGAGAAGGGACGCGUGGCGGGCGGUGAAUGGGUGGCGUUUACUGGGCAAGUGAUCCCUUGAUGUUCGCGACGGACACGUGGUAGGAGAGGAUUGGUGAGAUCGACGCGUGUAACGGGAUUGGAGAAAACGACAAGAAGAUCUGAGGGAAUUGUGGCGUCGUGAGGGAAGCCGUUGGAUUAGGGACACGUAUGAGGAUGGGAAAAUAUCCUUUUUUAAUAAUUAUUAUUUUUGUGGUACCGAAAAUAUCUUUUUGUUGUCGUUACUUUACCUGACUAUUUUUACAUGUCAGCAUAUUUGGUGGCGUGUGGGCAAAAUGAGUGCAUUAUCUGAAACUGGAACGGGUGAAGGGUUUCGUCGGAUUCAAGAUAUGACUUCUUCCGGUGACCGGAGACGCGGCGAUUCGGCCGGGACCCGAUUGCUCAGAAUCGAUUUUGUUCAGGAAACCGUUCGCGACAAAGAAGCUUGUAAGCGCAGUGUCUCUCUUCACCGUAUUUUAUUUUUACCCAUUCGUUUCGAAAUCGGAGGUCGAUUUUGGGUUUUGAAUUAGGUAUAGUUCUUCGAUAAGUAUAGAGAGCUGGAGAGGACAGCUCCUUUUGCUCUCGCUUUUAUUUGGGACCACAGUGGAUUUGCUACUGGACCUGGAGUUACUCUGCUCUCUUGGUAAAAGUACGGGAAAUGUCAUGAUGGUAAAAGAAAGAAGGUGGAAGUAAAUUCAACAUCCUAAAAUGGCUACAAGUUAAGAAAAGCUGCCAGGUUUUGAGGGUUUCAAUCUGGCCCUUCUGGGCAAAAGCUAUCAUCUUUAAGAUAGAAAUGAAAUGCCAAUGGCAGAACAAGGAAAUGAAAUUUCAGCAAGUUUUAGAGCAGCAACCAUAAGGUAAAGAAGGAGAGAAGAAAGGUAGGAGAAAAAGAGCUGCUGCAAACCAUGGAAACCUUUGGAAUGAAGGAUGGUGGGCAGAACAAGAAGGCAACGACGACCACCUUUGGGAUGAUACGCAGGGGAAAUGCUUCUGCUAUGGAGAAGAUGAAGCCCCAUUUCUUCAGGGUCAUGCUUGAUUUCAUGUUGCAGGAUUCCAAAAUAUACAUUCCUACGGAGUUUGUGAAGAACUAUAGAUCUAGGCUAGGGAGCUCUGCAACCUUGAAGGUUGCUAAUGGUGAUACUUGGGAAGUAGAGCUGGUUGCUGAUGAUGAUGGGCUGAUUUGGUUGGUCAAGGGCUGGGAAGACUUCACAAACCACCAUUCUUUGAAGCAAGGUGAUAUUCUGGUGUUUCGGCUAGAGCAGAACAGCUUAUUUCAAGUCAUGAUUUUCGAACCCUCUGCCAGCGAGAAGAACUACCGCUGCAAGGACGUAAACGACCUUGGAAAGCUGUUGAAUGAUAUCAAAGUUGAGGAGGAAUGUGAUGCUGGGAAGGAGAAAGUUCCUGCUGGAAAGCUGAAGGAAAUCGAAACCAAGAAGAGUGGUGGAGGGAAGAGAAAGGUUAAAUUGGCUGUUCCAUUUGAGAUUCCAAACCAUCCAUUGGAGACAAAAGUGAAAGGAAUAUCACAACCAAGGAGGUGCAAUGCCUCUACGAGCUCAGACAAUCCAAACUUCUUCAUCACCAUCAGUGAAGCACACAUGACACAUCGUUACAUGCUUCUGCCUACUAAAUUUGUGUAUGAACACAUGAUACCUGCACGUGGUACUAUGCCUGAAAGUCGUAUUGUGAUGAUUUCGAGUGAAGACGGGGUCGACUCAUGGUCAUUGUCCUUUGUCUUUCAUCAACGACAUGGAGGUGCACGUGGACAGGGCUUGUUCAUUGGCGGUUGGCCCGCGCUCCGCAGAGGCAACUCUUUGAAAUCAGGGGAUGUUUGCCGGUUCGAGCUCAUCUCCGAUGGCCAAAUGAAAGUGAGUAUUCGGAGGGCUUAAGGAUGGUUGCAUCUGCUGAAAGUUUGAGAACCUCUAGAAUGGAGUUUGUUGUGUUUGUUCGUUGUGUGUGUUUACUUAUGGAUGAUGAUGAAGCUUAUGAAACCACUACAGCUUUUCGUUAAAGGAAUUAAUGGGAUAGUGUAGUUUCAUGUGGGAGGGAGUGGUAAGACGUUUGUUGAUGCUUUGUUUUGGUUUCUGAAGCAAGGCAUGAGUUGUGCUUUAUGGCUUUCCAUGGCAAAACUCUGUUAUCAAGUUACUUUCUGAUAGUAGUUCUGCUAUUUGACUAGAUUGAAAGUUAUCUUGUUUAUGAUUGUGAUUAUUAUUGAUCAUCAAUUUGGCUAGCAUACUUACAAGAU